CUGGGGGUCGCACGGGGUCGCACUUGCAACCCCUGAAAAUAUCAUAGGGUCGCAAGAGUAUCUUUUUGCGACUCCAAAAAAUUACGAUUUCAAUUAUCAAAAAAUUGAAAUAUCAAUAUAAUAAUAAACUAACUAAUUUAUAUUUUGAGAACCAAUGUUUAACGUUGUCUUGAAGCACUGGAAUUAUUAUUAUACUAUAUCCUUUCCACAUUUAUUUAUAGUUUUGUUAUUAAUAAUUUUCUAUUAUUAUACCAAUAUGUAUAUUUAUUGUGAUCGGCCGACUCGAGUCUCAAUGGUAGCUGAUAAUGAAAACGUGUUUCAUAGUUUAAAAUUACUAUUUGUUUGUUUUAUUCAUGAAUUUAAUUUUUACACUUGUUAUUUCUUAUUCGUGAUCGACUUAAAAUUAAGUACUUACUACAAUGGACAAAUUUCUUAUAAAAGUAUCGAAGUCAAAAAAAAAUACUAAUGCUGAGAAAAAUGUUAACUUACCUGAAGAAAACCACCUUUCCCCAGAAAAAAGAUCAAAAAUGGAUAUUCUACCAAAUACCAAGGACAUAAAUCAAAUUCAGAAUGCUAUAUCUAGCCAUGUAGGUACAUCAAAGUCAGAUCAAACUACAAAUACACUAUUGAUAAGUGACAAUCUUAAUCGAGAUCCUGGUCAUAAGAAUACAAAUGCUUUAAUUUUAUUUUCAAGUGGGUUUGGACCGUAUCAACCAAAUAACAUUAUAUUUCCACAGCAUUUAGGAAGAAAAUUUCGAACAGAGUGGUAUACUUCUUUUCCUUGGAUAGAAUAUAGUCCUAGCAGUAACUCUGCAUAUUGUUUUUACUGUCGUGUUUUUCCAUCUAAAACAUCAGAUCCAACUUUUGUUAGUGUUGGAUUCAAGCAAUGGUCAAAAGCUAGUUUCAAGUCUUUUCCUUAGCAUGAAAAAUCAUUU